AUGAGUUCUGAUGCAGAUAUGGCGGUUUUUGUGGAGGCUGCCCCUUCCCUCCGGAAUUCAGAGCAAGAGCGAAUUACAGCGCAGAAUAAACCAUUUGUUGCCGAAACAGCCUGUUACGUCACUGACCCAAAGGAAGUGUACAUUCCAGCCACAAUUAAGAGUGGGGAAAGUGACAAAGUCACUGUGGAAACAAGAACAGGCGCUACAAUAACUGUCAAAGAUGACCAAGUCUUCCCAAUGAAUCCUCCAAAAUUUGAUAAAAUCGAAGAUAUGGCCAUGUUAACCCACCUGAGGGCUCAAUCUGAGAUGUUCUUUUCUGUUCUGUUUAACCUCAAAGAUCGUUAUUCAGCCUGGAUGACCUAUACCUACUCUGGCCUUUUCUGUGUUACUAUAAACCCCUACAAGUGGCUGCCUGUGUACAAACCUGACGUUGUCAAUGGUUACAGAGAGAAAUGCCAAGAGUCUCCACCCCAUGUCUCUCCCGUCUCUGACAAUGCCUAUCAUUUCAGGUUAACAAAUCGUGAAAACCAGUCUAUUCUGAUCACUGGAGAAUCUGGCGCUGGGGAGACUGCGAACACAAACCAUGUCAUCCAGUACUUCGCAUCAAUUUCAGUCAGUGGCGAUGCCAUCGAGAAAAAAGACACUAAAAUGCAUGAAGCUAUUGAUAUCCUGGGCUUUUCUUCUGAGGAAAAAGCAUCUAUAUACAAACUCACGGGCACAGUUACCAUGGUAACUUAA